GCGAUAAUUGCUGCGCAUCAAUCCCCGUCAGUAAUUGAGUCCUCGCAGCGGUCGAGGCGCAAAGACACAGUCCAAAAUGAGGUCAUUAGGAGAGCGGUUAAACCUGCUCCGAAAGCAGCUCAUUAACAUAAGAUGCGGUCCCGGCGCAGCUGUCCUCCCCUCAGAGGUCACCCGGAUACACAUGGACUUUGCCAUCAGCUUGAAGGGCGGCCACAUGGGAGCUAGAAAAUUCUGGAAGGAAUACCUCCCCCGCCUGAAAUACCACAACCCCUCCAUCCCCAUGAUCGUCAACCGCCACGACCAGAACCAGCUCUCCCCGACAAUGUCCAUCUACCUCCGCAAAUCCGACGCCUCACCCGCCGCUUCUUCCGAACCUCUCGCCCAGCCUUCAUCAUCCCGGACGAACCUCUCCAAGGCGCAACCCCCGACUGCGGACGAGCGCGUCGUACACAUUGACAUGGCCAACAAGCACUCAUCACACAUCCUCGAGUUCUUCAUGGCCGAGACCCGCGCUGUUCCUCUGCAGCCUACGACCGAGGAGAUUGUCGAGAUGCAGGCCCUCGAGACACUACGAAAGAAUGCCGACGUCGACCGUGAGCGUGUACGACAGCUGAGACUAGAGAAGAAGAAGGAGGAAGAUAUGCUGAAGCGAGCAAGAGCUGCGGGUGGCAUGGCAGAGCAAGAGGAGGCAUAAAAAAAGAAAUCAAGGUAGACAAUUGUACGAUAAGCGUUUUUGAGUAUAUGGCAAUGUGUAUCGUCCAGGAAAAAAAAAACCUAUGGGCCAGAUGUAAAAUAAUGACAUAUGCUAAAAUCCCCAAAACAGUAUCGCAGACGCUCGAUGUGGCUAAGAUACAAAAACAUAAUCCAAGGGUAUAUAUACUAUGUGAUGCCCAAAACUACUCUAGCCAGUGACAAUAACAUGUACUUGAAACUGAAGCAUCAGCCUACCCCAUGACAAAUUGGAACUUCAGAGCUAUAGAUGCUAUUUUCCAACGUGCAACACCGCAGCCAUCUGAAUCGCCAAUGAUUGCUCACAGAUUAUUUGAGACCGAAACCUUCGCUCUCAUGAACGGCUCUCC